AUGAAGGCGCUAAGUGGCUGGGCGAGUUUUCCCUAUCUCUAUGGUGGUCAGAAUCGACCCGCUGAUGCUGGGUACUUCUCUCGCGGUAAUGGUUGGAACCAUCAUGCCGACGAUAGUGGGAAUCUGCAUGCCUGGCACUUUGACGGGCAUGCCCCUAUGACAUGCCAUGGGCUUGCUCUUGGUGCGAAAUACUGCCAAGUCGCUGAGCCACAAGUUUCUUCCCUUACUCGCGACCAGUAUUCGCAUGCCCCUUUGAGCUUUUCUACCAUUGCUCUUUUGCACUAUAGUGUGCGUGGGCAAGGACUUUCAUUUCGUGGUAAUAAUGAAUCUUAUGAUUCAAGCAACCAAGGGAAUUUUCUCGAGCUUCUACGAUUUCUUGUUAAUCAUAAUGAAGAUUACAAUGCUGUAGCUUUCAAGAAUGCUCUUGAUAAUGUCAAAUUUUCAUCACUUGAGAUACAAAAAGACAUUGUAAGUGCUGUUUCAAAUGAAACCGUAAGUGUUAUCAUUAGAGAUUUAGGAGGUUCAUUAUUCGAUAUAAUGAUUGAUGACUCUCGUGAUAUCUCUAGGAAGAAACAAAUGGCUAUUGUCUUACAUUAUGUUAACAAGAAUGGACUUGUGGAGCACUUUCUAGCGAUUGUGGUUAAUAUUAUCAAUGUUCUGUCAAAGCGUUGCAAUAUUCGUAGAGAUAAGCAAGUUUAUAAAGUUAUUGAAGUUCUUUCUAGUGGUGAACUUUCAAGUGGAAAAGAUCUCAAUCAAGAGACUAAUAUGCAACGUGCCAAUGAUACGUGUUGGGGCUCGCAUUAUGGUACGUUAAUGAGCAUAACCUUGAUGUUUUCAUCCAUUAUUGAUGUUCUUGAAAUUGUGGCAAAAGAUGAGUCAAACUCUGAGCAAAGAUUUCAUGCAAAAAACAUAUUGAAACUGAUGCAAUCAUUAGACUUUGUGUUUACUCAAUUUUUGAUGAAAGGUAUAAUUGGCUUUACAACUGAACUUUCUCAAACACUACAAAGAAAAGAUGAUAUUGUAAAUACUAUGAUUUUGGUUGAAGCAUGUAAGCAAGCUUUACAAUUGAUGAGGGAUAGUGGAUGGGAGACUUUAUUAAGCAAAGUUUGUUCUUUUUGUGCCAAUCAUGACAUCAAUGUUUCUAAUAUGGAUGAUUAG